GGAGACUUAUGACCCACAGAAGAAAACUACAAAUGGAGUUCGACAAAGCAUCGCAAUCUGGCAUGCAAGCAAGAUGAAGACCGUCGAGAGUGUUUCUGAUGCAUGAAACACCAAAAUCCUCCCACAACAACAACAAACAGGUUAGGACUUAGAGAGCCACUCAUUCCCAUUUGAUGGAGGCGAAGAAGGAAUAUGAAGUGGACCAUCUGAGCACACCCACAGGGACCAGUUUCUCUCAGUUACUAUUCGGAGAUGACGACGACGACGUUGAUGAAAGUGCAUUGGGUCUCGCUGUGGACCAGUCUUACUCUUACAAUUACAACAACCUUACCCGUUCACCUCUUUUCUCCAUUCACAAGGCACCCCAAAUGCUUUGUUUUGGCAACCAUCAAAACGAAGAAGGUGACGUUUUGCUUCCUGAAACCAACUUAACCCCUCAGAAAUCUGUCAUCACUUCUAGUGACUCCUCUUCUGCUAGCGCUUCCUCCUGCAACCACACCAACACCGCCUUCAAUUCCUUACCUAAGUCUAAUAAUAGUUUGCAGAAAAAGCGACAAGAAGGAGUUGCCAAGGUUGGUGUUGGAAGCCAGAGACAAACUAAAAAGAACAAAGCAGAGAACCCCACCUCAACCGGACAUGCAAAGAGGAAGGAGAAGCUCGGAGAACGAAUUGCAACGUUACAACAACUUGUUUCUCCCUUUGGAAAGACAGAUACAGCAUCAGUGCUUCACGAGGCCAUGGGUUAUAUAAGAUUUCUUCAUGACCAAGUUCAGGUCCUGUGCUCUCCUUACUUGCAAAGUUUGCCUUCCUCAUACCAUCAAAAUCAGCACGGGGGCGGAGGUAACAAUGAAGAGGAAGUGAACAAGGACUUGAGGAGUAAGGGUCUUUGCUUGAUCCCUGUGGGAUGCACCGUACACGUGGCAGGUAGCAAUGGUGCUGAUUUUUGGUCAUCUGCUGCAAUAGGGAACAAUGUUAGUUUCACCAUCAGCCAAGCAGUGAAACGAAACCAAGAUCAAUGAAUCCUUUUCAAAAAAAGUUGUAGCCUUUUGGGAAAUGGGUUUCCUAUGUCUGCCCAAAUUGAAGUUGUACCCAAUCUGGAGAUGGAUGGUUGAGGAGGUAAACUACAUGAAAUGGCAAAGAGGGAUAACAAAUAACAAGAAUGGUUCAAAGUUCACACAUGGGGGUACAAACCAGAGGCCAUGAUUUUGUCCUUAAUUAUGUAACAUCUGUUUUGGUUUUUGGGGGGUCCUUUUCUCAGGACACCUAUAUCAAUAUUCUAUAGAAGGAAGGAAGGAAAUAUUUUAUGUAGGAUUUAGGGAUGUGUGCUGGCAUUGAACCCUGAACUAGGAGUCUAGGAUUCCAUAUAUUUUUAUUAUAGAUAUUUUGUCUCUGUAAAUUUCGGUAGGCAAGCCAGUUAAUGAAGUUAUUAUAACAUAUAUUUUUAUUA